AUGGGGAAGGCGGGGCGGUGGCUCAAGAGCAUCUUGGCGGGGAGGAAGGACAAGGCGCUGCAGCAGUAUCAGCAGCAGCAAGGCGACGCCACGCCGCUGCCGGCCGCCGCGAGCAGCCCCCGGGAGAAGAAGCGCUGGAGCUUCAGGCGGCCAGCGCCGACGCCACAGGGGAAGGUCAAUAAUGCGGCGCCGUCCCCGUUGCCGUCGGCGCGCGAGCUCGACCAGAGCGAGCACGCCGUGGCGGCGGCGGUGGCACGUCUGACGGCUGCGGAGGAGAGCCAUCUGCCCGUGAGCUGCCGCCCCGUCGAGGACGCGGCCGCCGCCAGGAUCCAGGCCACCUUCAGAGGCUAUCUUGCUCGGAAGGCGCUGUGCGCGCUGCGCGGGCUAGUGAAGCUGCAGGCGCUGGUCAGGGGCCAGCUGGUGCGGAGGCAGGCCACCGCCACGCUCCGCCGCAUGCAGGCCCUCGUCGACGCGCAGUCCCGCCUGCGGGCCCAGCGCGCGCGCAUGCUGGACACCGACCACGCCACGCCGGCGGCCUACCAGCGCCGGUCACCGCAGCAUCCCGUUCCAAGGCGCCGCAGCUCCUACGAGGUGACGGACCGGUCGCCGUCGGGGGAGGAGCACGUGAAGAUCGUGGAGAUGGACGUCGGCGAACAGGCGCGGCGUGGGCGGAGCAGCUGCUCCGCGGCGGCCACCGAGUCCAGGGAGCGGCGCCUCGCCGAGUACUACCACGGCGACGGCGGCGGCGUCGGGCAGUGCUCGCCCGCGGCGUUCUUCGGCGCCGAGCUCAGCCUGCCGCGCGCCUACAGCGGCCACUUCGAGGACGUGUUCGCGUUCGACCCCGCGGCCACGGCGCGGAGCAGCCCGUACGUGGCCCCCUACGACGCCGCUGUCGCCGCGGCCUGCGACGGGUACGGCGUCGUCCCGAGCUACAUGGCCAACACGGAGUCGUCCCGCGCCAAGGCCCGGUCCCAGAGCGCACCAAGGCAGCGCACCAACGCCGCGGCGCUGGAGCGGCAGCCCAGCAGCGAUCGGCAGCCCAGCAGCAUGCGCCGCGGCCAGGGCGCGCCCAGGAAGAUGCAGCGCUCGUCGUCGCACAUCAGCGUGCCAGCGGCGGCCGCGUGCGGGUACGGCUAUGGGUACGGGUACGGCUACCAGCAUGCGCAGCCGUGGGCGGGCGUCAGGCUGGACCGCUCCAGCGCGUCGGUGGUGGGCAGCGAGUGCGGGUCCACCAGCUCCGUGCUCACCGCCGCCACCGUCGGCUACUAA